GACUGCAGAGGAAGGCGUCUUAUCGCUGUCGUGGCACUGUAGUUAACGCACCCUGUCGUUUCGUGUUGCAGAGAAGUGCCUAGAAGCACAGGGGCUGCUGCUGGUGAGGCCAGCAAAGUGUGCAGCCGCUGUUAACGUUAGCUGUUGUUAUUGGUCUCCGGCCGCGUGCAGUAUUUGUGAUAUAACGAGGUCACGAGCGCUUCUCCCUGUUCAGUUCUGUCCCGGCGGGGAAAAGCGCCCCGCAGCCGCCGCGCAUCUGUAACAUUUACACACAGCUUGGGUUAAUUUCGGGGGACAUUUUCAACAUACCGCUGCUGGUAGCCGAACUCAGCUUUUCUCUUUCUUUUUGGCUGCUUGCUUAUCUCCGAGACUUCAUUGUUGCUCUGUCUCUUGGUUCUGUCUAUGUGCGCGCAGAGAGGGGAAGGAUGAAAAACAAACAAACUCCUUUUAAAAUGUAGCAAAUAAAUAUGGCCGUGCGUCCUGGCACAUGGACAAUUCUUCUCGCAACCCGACUUAAUUCGUGUCGCAAAUGGAUACGUCUGCGUAGCCUGCUGCUAAACAAGCUUUUCUCCCACUCGUGUGUUUGUGUCACACCGCUUUCACUCUCUUAAUUUUUUUUUUUUUUUAACCCAAAAUUGCGCAGUGAGCGAGAAUAGCCAGCAGCGGGCAAUUAUAGCGACAACUUGGAAGUUUUGGUUGAAUGAAAGUGUUGUAUGGGGGAGCGUGUGUCCCACAUGACCCUUAACAAUUCGCGAAAGCUCCAAAAACCUCAUUCCCGGAGUGGGUUUCUGUUGUUGUUUUGCGGCUAAUGAUCCAACAAAGCAACCAGUGGGUGGUCAGAUUUACACAGUCACGUUAAAGACUUGCUUUGAAGCGGGGGAAAACGUUUUUUCUGCUAAACGCGAGGAAGUUGCUGAAAAACCUUGCCUUCAGCUUAAUUGUUUGGGGAAAUUCGGCGACCUGGCUUCAAAAAUUGGGCCCCCCUUUGGAACUCCACAAAGUGAACGUUGAUAUGCCACAUCAGUGAUGGAGCCCAUGACGGUGACAACGUCAGUGGUUGGACCCGAUGAGUUCGACCGCAAUGCCCCACGGAUCUGCGGCGUGUGCGGGGACAAGGCCACCGGCUUCCACUUCAAUGCCAUGACCUGCGAGGGCUGCAAGGGCUUCUUUAGACGCAGCAUGAAGCGCAAAGCCUCCUUCACCUGUCCAUUCAACGGGAGCUGCACCAUCACAAAAGACAACCGGCGCCACUGCCAAGCAUGUCGUCUUAAACGCUGCAUCGACAUCGGCAUGAUGAAAGAAUUCAUACUGACAGAUGAGGAAGUGCAGAGGAAAAGGGAAAUGAUAAUGAAGAGGAAAGAAGAGGAGGCAGCACGGGAGGCGCAGAGGCCACGUCUGAACGAGGAGCAGGCGCGGAUGAUCUCCAGCUUGGUGGAAGCUCACCACAAGACCUACGAUGCCUCCUAUUCUGAUUUUUCACGCUUCAGGCCUCCAGUACGUGACGGCCCGGUAACACGCAGCGCCAGCAGAGCCGCCUCUCUUCAUUCGCUGUCUGACGCCUCCUCUGAUUCAUUCAAUCACUCACCUGAAUCUGUGGACACCAAGAUGAACUUCAGCAACCUGCUGAUGAUGUACCAGGAUGGAGCGAGCAGUCCUGACUCCUGCGAGGAGGACACCAAGCUUUCCAUGCUGCCCCACCUCGCUGACCUGGUCUCCUACAGCAUCCAGAAAGUCAUUGGAUUUGCCAAGAUGAUACCAGGAUUCAGAGAACUGACCGCAGAGGACCAGAUUGCUCUGUUGAAGUCGAGUGCCAUCGAGAUCAUCAUGCUGCGCUCAAACCAGUCAUUCAGCCUGGAGGACAUGUCCUGGAGCUGCGGGGGACCCGACUUUAAAUACUGCAUCAAUGACGUCACAAAAGCCGGCCACACCCUGGAGCUGCUGGAGCCGCUGGUGAAGUUCCAAGUUGGUCUGAAGAAGCUCAACCUGCAUGAAGAGGAGCAUGUGCUGCUCAUGGCCAUCUGCCUGCUGUCUCCAGACCGGCCCGGCGUUCAGGACCAUGCCCGCAUAGAGCAGCUGCAGGACCGUCUGUCGGAGGCCUUGCAGGCCUACAUCCGUGUCAACCACCCGGGCGGACGCCUCCUCUACGCCAAGAUGAUCCAGAAACUGGCCGACCUGCGCAGCCUGAACGAGGAGCACUCCAAGCAGUACCGCUCGCUAUCCUUCCAGCCCGAGCACAGCAUGCAGCUCACCCCGCUGGUGCUGGAGGUAUUUGGGAGCGAGGUGUCAUAGCUGAGGAGGAGGAGAAGAAGGAAUCCUUUUUUUUUGUUUGUUUUUUUUGUCCCUUCUACACAGACUCAUUAAGCACAGGAUGAUUAAAAACUCAGCUGCCUUCUCCUCAACUCAAAAUGAAGGCUUUCACAACCCUCACACUCUGACUCUCCAGACGCUCGGGAGGGAGGUGGAUAAUCACAUCUUCCCCUCUCUUUCAUUACUCCUGGCUUGCAAAAACCAAAUGUCAGCCAUAACUGGAUAUCUGGAUUCAUAGAAUAGAAAUCUGCUGCUGGAUCACCAGAAUCUCAAACCUUGUUUUCUUUUUGUUUUGUUUUUUUCCCCCACAAACAUCUUCCUCAUUUUCAUCCUUUCCACAACUGUGGAAUCCAAAUGUUUUCCGUCACUGAAAUCUACUUCUUGUAACACUUUUUGAAAGUGAAGACAGCUUGAUAGAUGUCAUUUCCCUCUCAUCAUCAUCCUCAUCCUCGUCAUCAUCAUCAUAACUUUCCCACACGUCCACAUGGCAACAACAGUACUCAAAGAUUUGCAUCUUUUACUCAUCCCUCAGCGAUGGACUCUUAUUGUAAAUAGCUAUGAACUUUUGUUGGCUUAUAAAUUCUAACAGCAAAAUCAUCCAAAAAAUAUUGAGCGAGCUCACAGGAAGUAGAAACACUUUUGGGUCACGACGGGAGUUGAGCGAUUUGUAAAUUCUGUGUUAUGUGAAAGAAGGAAUCUUAAAUAUUCAAAACAUAUGAAGACAAAUCUUUCUGCAGAAAUCUUUUAGUUUGAGAAUGAUGGUGCACUUUGGGAAGAAAAAAACAAGAGGAUGCUGGGUAGUCAGAUGGUAGGGGGUUUUACAUUUGUAAAAAAGUAACGAAAGAAGAAUGUAUGUAUAAUUCUACAUAGUUAAAUAUGAUAAGCAUAAGAUGUACAAGUCAAACAUUAUCUAAUGCUUGACUUGUACUGUAUAUAGACAGAAAUACUUCUGAGAGUGUUUAAUUAUAAAAGUAAUAAUAAAGAGGAUGUUAAGGCCUCCCCUCAGAUAUGUGUAUAUGCAACAUGUACACACAUGUACUGAGACGUGCUAUGAGGAGUCGCUCUAUUUUUGCUAAACGUGUACAGCAUGCAAGAGUAUCGAUGGACCACAAGGGGGUGUGUGCGCAGGCUCUGACUGAACCACAACAAACGCUCUUUGUUGGGCUCUCUGAUUUAUUUUGGACCUGUGAAGUUUGUAGGCUGACAUACACAAAGAUAAUUUCCUGUUUUGUGGAUGGCUAUUUUUUCAGAAAAAAAAAGGAAAAAAACAAAAAAAAAAAUCUAGUCGUUGGGCUGGUUGGAUUGCUGCUAAGACAGAGCUUAGAUAGUUGGACAGAAACCAGCUGCCAGCUGUUGCCUCAGGGAAAGUUUGUCUGACGAUAAUGUGUAUUCGGGUUUUUACAGCGUGCGUGUGUGUGUUUGGCGUAAGCUUACAAUCAUGAGAGGGAGAUUUCGAGAGUUUUUAAAGCUCAAGGCAUCACUGUGAUUUGUAAUCAUACUGAAUAACAGCAAAAGGAAGCUAACAGAUUAACGUUUCUGGAAGAAAAAAACUAAAUUCUCCAUUUGAGAAACAAAAAAUUCUGAAAUUAUUUCACAUGGUCAGAUUGUCUUUAAGAGAAUAUAUGUAAUACAUUUUUAGCUACACAAUCAUUCUCAUUAAAUUAGUAGAAGCCUUAAAUUGAAUGUUUUAAGGAUAAAGCAAAUAUUUUAGAGCAGUGGUUCUUAAACAUUUUAUAACUGUAAAUAUUCUGCAAUAAGACUGAAAAAUGAACAAAAAGUUCGCCUGAUGUUAGAAUUCAAAAUGUGGAAAGUCUGCGUUUUCUCACCAGUCAAAUUCCAACAUGGCUUCCUUGCAUAUAGAGUGAGUGAUACGUGCAGGAAAAAAUCAUUUUAUUUAAACUUUUAGAGAUUUUUUUUGUUUUGCUGAAUGUUUCAUUUGCACAGAAUACUGGACUUCAUUCUUUAGUUAACCUGUUCACAGUGAUCAAAGGAACAAGAUGCAAAGAAAUUCAUUAUUGCCUUAUUUUGCUAACAGUAAUUGGUCAUUAUUGGAAUGACUAAACAUGCUUCUGGCCUGAAUUGAUUUACAAUUAAAGUUCUGGAUAAACUUUUUGUUUUCAAAUUGAUUGUAAAAUUAUUAAAAAUUUUCAUAAAUCUAUGUAUUUAGUAUGGAAAUCAGCUAAAUUAGCGCAUCUUUUGGCAUAACACCAUCCACUAGAUGGUAGGGGUGAGAGACAUGGACUUAAGGUUUCAUCACAAUAUUUUGUGGUGUGAUAAAAAGGAUGAGAACAAUUUAACAAUUCAUUUUAAGGCAACUAAAAGGAAGUGUCACUCAAAAUGAAAAUUGUGAGUGAAUGAUGAUGCAAUCACAGCCCCACAAACAUUGUUCUUGAUAACUGCAUUUAAUCAUAUUUCCAGAUUUACGAAUAUUUGUUGAUAUUCUCAUUGAACAAACUGGAGAAAAAUUGUGAAAAUACUAAUCUUGACAAUAGGGACAGUUUUAGAGAUUAUUAAACAUUAUUAAUUUGAAUUCAUCAAGACAACAUUAAAUCAAAAUCUUAUAAGACGUUUAUCACAAUUAAUGAUAAACGAUAUGAUAAAUGCCCACCCUUCUAGAUGGCGACAAAGUGCCCUCCAAUUGAUUUUUUAAAUCAUGUGUUACAUGUGCAUAAGCAAACAGACAUUUCGUUUCAUAAAUACUACUAAAAAUUGUUAGUUUUGCUAAAGCUAGCCGAGGUGCUAGCACCGGUACUUGCAUGAGCGUUUGAGAACCACGGCUCUAGAGGAGUAGCAGACUGUAAUCGCAAAGGGCAGAGACACAAACAUGAGAAGGACUUUUACAUGGAUGGAAAAAGUUCAGCCUCCUACCUUUUUGUUGUCACAUUUAUGUCAUUUUAAUACCAGCUACAUAAGCAAAGGUAGUUUUUAUCACUACAUAUCAUAUUGUUUCUGUUGACAUGGCGCAUGCUCACACCUCAUGCAGACCUGGAUCACCCCCUUGUGGAAAAAAAACUUUGUAAAUACCACUUUCUUAGUCUAUACAUAGCAGCUGAUGUAGGUAAAUUACUAAGAGGAGUAAGUCGUUGACGGGAAGGUUCUUUGGAGAUGCUAGGCUAUAUGCAAUUAGAGAAACUUACUGUGUAUUCAAUUUGAGUGGACAGAGCCACUUAAUAUGACUGACUUACUGAGUUGUUUAUGUCACAUAUAGUGUUAUAUUAUGAAUAUUUUAGAGAGCUAGGAGCUUCAGCUUCCAUCUAACGCCAAAUAUGAGCUUUUGAUGUAAUCUCUUAAAUAAGAGAUGGAAAUAAAAAUUUAUCUUAAUUUCAAAUGAAUUGAACAUUCCCAUAAUCCUAUAAUCACCCAAAGCGACUCAGUAAGUUCUCAUUAUUAGGCGACUUUUUGUCCAUUCCAAGAAUUCUUUAUGUACGUCUUUCCUCUCUUGUUCAAUCAAUAAGCUUUUGAUGAUAUAUAUACAUAAUACUUUCAUUUGGGUAAUUAUCUGAUUUCUUCUGUUUGUCAAGAUUGUUUAUUUGCAUCCUGCUGCAAUGCUUGGCUUUCUGCUCGGGAGCGUUGUUGAAUGAAGUCGGGAUGAGCAGCAUGUGUGGACCUAUGGAGCCUAUCCCAAGUAUUUUAACUCUACAAGGAAAAGCAAAAACGUUUGCUCAAUCAUGUCAUCAUCUGUAAGAACUGCAGUCCACAUAUGCAUCAUCUUUUUUCAGGAGCUAAUUUCUCAAACCGCCAAGUGAUCAUCAAUAACACUGCCUCAACUGGUUGGGUACGAGACGUAUCUGACUACUAGCUAUGGCGUGCCUCUUUGUUCAUCAACCAGCCACGUUACCAUCUCUUCUUCUUUGUCAUCGUCUUCAACAGCCAGUUACAAACAACUCUUCUCUGCAUAGCUUUAAGUUAGCAGCCAACCAAGCUCCGCUCUGGAAAUCCGUGACACACCCAAGACCUGAUGGGGGUCCUGGGAUUUGAAGGAGUGCCGUCAGUUUGGACCUCAACAAGACUGUGUAGAAUUUGUAUAAAGGUUAUACAAGAUCAAGUGUUUUUAAACUGCGAAGACGUAGGGACUCGCUGUACAAGCAGAGUGCUCAAGAGACUGACCGAUGGACAGAUGUCGCCUCUACUGUCUCGAGUUGGGACGUUGUUGUGCUUUGUACUCCGUGACUCAAGGUUCUGAUUUUUUUUUUAACAAAUUGUGGUUUGUUUGGUAACAAAAGUCUUGUAAAGACUUUUUUCAUUCAGCAUCUACAUCACAGAAUGCAGGACAGGGUGACAGGGGGGAGAAUCUGCAGUUUUAGGGGUACAGUGUGACGCAUCAGUUAUAUCUAGAUCAAAUUUAGAUGUCAACACUCCUUGGACAAAAAUCUUCUUGUAGUUUUCACACCAUUUUAUAGCAGAUUUGUCAGCGCCCCCAAAAUCAUUGAAGUCUCUCCCCUCCUGUAGCCCUCGUCCCCCUCGAACCAGGUCAGCAGCUCCACCUCAGUAGCCUUAUUUACAAAGACCUCACUAAGCUGGAAACAUUUAACAGAUACCUCAGUGAUUUACAGUAUAGACUUUUCACAAUAGCCUUUAAAGGGAACCAAACAUAAACUUCUACCACACACGCACAGACACACCACAACUCUCUCCUCAGAAACCUUCAGUGUUUUCAACCUCAAGUCGACCGCAAACUCUAAAGCAGUUCUUGCAUAACGAGGGACAUCCGGUAGAAUUUGCUAGUCAGUAUCCAAGUGGAUCCCAAUGUUUCUAAAUGUUAACGCUCUGCUUUCCCUCCUCUUCUUGGUUUGUCUCUGUCCGUGUUCUGCUGAGCUUCGGCACCACGUUUAACCAAAAAUACUACCUCUCCUGUCUGCACAUAUAAAUAUAUAUUUUUGGGGGAGUUGCAGCAUGAUUGUGUAAUGUAGAACACAAGUUUUUAUUUUAACAAUAAUCUAGAGGUUUUUAUGUUUGUAUAUUUACAGUAGAGUUUUUUUUCUUUUUUUAAUGCUGGAUUAUUUUUCUUUUCCAAUUUUUUUUUUUUUUACCUCAAAUCGCUACAAAUUUUAAAUCUGCAGUGCGGAACUUUAACUCCCCCUUCUGGCUGAUAGAUGAAUUACAAUGUAGAUAUAUGUGACGUACAGCCACACAAUUUCACUGCUUUCAUUCAUACUAUCACUCAUAAUUUUUACUGCAAUAGUUUUAGACUCAGAUCAUUAUAUAUUGGUAUAGAUAUGCAACAGCUGACACUUACAGAUUUAUUUAUUGUGCAUUUGAAAUUUAAAAACAUUUAAAUACAUCAAAGUGUUGCAUCAUUCCAUAAGAAGAAGUCUUAGACAGUAAACACUGUAUUAAUUUUAUUUUUAUUUUUUUUGCAUGAUAGAUUAGCUUACAGAGCAGAUUUAACAUUUGCAGAUCCUUGCAUGUUCAUUACUUCAGCUUUAAUGUCAUUAAAAGGGGGCCGCUCUUGCACCACUUUCUCACUGACUGAAGUGUGUGAAUGCAUGAUUAAACUCCCUGCAUGGUAACUAAGACUUCAUUCACAUAGCAACUCAAAGCGCAGGUAAUUGUCGGAUCCUCAUGUGUGACAAGAUGGGAUCUAUUUCGACUGAAAAGCAAAACUCUUGUAGAUAAUUGGACCUGUAGAACAGGAACGUCUCUCUGUAUCUCACUGCACCUGCUUUUAAACCACCUUCGGUUGCCAUAGUAGCGUCAGUGGCUCGGCCGGGAAAAAAAUGCAGAGCAGAACCCUGUAGCGUGUUCACAGAACAUUUAGAAAUGCCUGAGAAAAAUACUCGUGCCAUGUGUAAAAUGCUUUAAUUUCUGUUUAAGCUGUUUAUGAAGUGCUAUUUUUGAACAUAUGCAGCCGCACUUAUUAGCAUCCCUGGUAAACAAGGAUAAAAUGAGCUAAAAUAAGUUUGUCUUUUAACCCUCCUGCAUUCUAAUUGCGGUGCUCAGAAGGAGAGCGGCACGUGUGACGGUCAGACAGUGAGGAAGCAGGAGCGGUUAUCCCAUCAGACCGUCAGUUCCAGAAACCACAACAACAACCAAAAAACUUAUGUCGCUCGGGGGUUCCGCCCACAGUAAAAAGCUUGUGGGGUCCAGCUGACCCCUUCUCUUAAGACUGCGGGAGGGUUUUGUUUAACACAGAAGCAUUAUCUCACACUGAAGAAUGAAGAAAGUUCAAACAAUCAAGUCAUUUAAAAGUCCCACAUUAGAAAAAAAUAAGGAAUAAUAAUAGGAAAACAUGUUUAUGUAUAUUUCUGCCCUCAGGACACAGAAAGGCAUGAACUCACAUCUUCUUAAAAAAAAAACAACAAAGUAUUAAUAUACUUUUCCACCUGUGAUUUUGUUCAAUAAAAUACAUUUCUCCAAUUAAAAAA